AUGUGCUGCAACUACUACGGGAACUCCUACGGGGGCUGUGGCUACGGCUCUGGCUAUGGCUCUGGCUAUGGCUGUGGCUAUGGCUCUGGCUAUGGCUGUGGCUAUGGAUCCAGAUAUGGCUGUGGCUACGGCUCUGGCUAUGGCUGUGGCUAUGGAUCUGGCUACGGCUGUGGCUAUGGCUCCGGCUGUGGCUAUGGCUCUGGCUAUGGCAGUGGCUGCUGUACCUUCCGACCAUCCUGCUACCAACGAUGCUAUUCCACUUGCUGCUAG